CAGUGAGGUGUGGCUUGCAUUUAAAUAUCCAAUAUGUCAAUGUAAGGGGAGUGUGUACGUAUAUAAAGUGCAGUUCGCAUCCGACGGCGGGACACUGGAUCCAGCGAUGGGAGGCGCGGGCGGCGCGGGGCCGGGCCGGGGCCGGCAGCGCGGGGCCGGGCGGCCGCAGCCCGCGCUCUGAGCGGCCGCUCUGCCCGCGCCCCCGGGGCCGCUCCGCUCCGCGCCCAUGGCCGAGGUGGGUGGCUUCCUGGGCGCGCUGGACCCCGACCUGCACGGCUUUCCCCCCGCGCUGGGCGCCGGGCUGCCCCUCGCCGACUCUCCCGGCUUCCUCAACGAGCGCCUGGGGCAGAUCGAGGGGCGGCUGCAGCGGGGCUCCCCCACCGACUUCGCUCACCUCAAGGGCAUCCUGCGGCGGCGGCAGCUCUACUGCCGCACCGGCUUCCACCUGGAGAUCUUCCCCAACGGCACGGUGCAGGGCACCCGGCAGGACCACAGCCGCUUCGGGAUUUUGGAGUUUAUUAGCCUGGCAGUGGGGCUGGUGAGCAUCCGUGGGGUGGACUCCGGACUCUACCUCGGCAUGAAUGAGAGAGGCGAGCUCUAUGGGUCGAAGAAGCUCACCCGGGAGUGCGUUUUCCGCGAGCAGUUCGAGGAGAACUGGUACAACACGUACGCCUCGACCCUGUACAAGCACCCCGACUCGGAGCGCCAGUACUACGUGGCCCUCAACAAGGACGGCUCCCCCCGUGAGGGGUACAGGACUAAGAGACACCAGAAAUUCACCCACUUCUUACCCCGGCCUGUGGACCCUGCCAAAAUCCCUGCCAUGUACAGAGACCUCUUCCACUACAGGUGAUGGUUCCUGCAGUGUCAGUGUACAUACUUGGCCUCCCAAGCUUUUUCCCAGAGCACUCUAUUAAUAGUCAUUCCAUCAUUCCUGUAAGAGUAGAUGACCUAGGGAAGCACUUACAUUGAAUUCAGACACUGCUGUUCCUCCUUGUUUCCAGUGUAUAUCGAACCUGGGUUAUUUAUGGGGCGGGGGUAGGGGAAGGGAGGGAACCCUACAUUUAAUCUUCCAUUUUCGUUCACUUUUGUUACCCGGUUGCUACAAGAGAGGCUGAAUAUUCAAUGUUAUGGUUGCUUAAAGGAAUGAGCAGGUGGGCAAACCUGAUCACUGGGGAAAAGAAAGCCCCAAAACAACCUAAAAACGAAGAGAAGAAAACAAAACAAAGACCACAGAACUGCUGCAGAUGUUGCUGCUGAGCUGGGAUAGUUCCCUGCUAAGGAAAAGCCUUUGAGUAGUGCCCUGCUUAAGCAGCCUGGGAGUUUGCUACAUGGAUGAUGCUCCAUGGACUGGUCCUGAUUUGUGGGGUUCUUCCUGCUGUUGGGGUGGGAAUGGGGCAAGGAACAUUAUUCAGAUGUAAGCAUGGAUACUGUGCAUAAGGACAAAACUAUUUAUAAAAUGUAUAUGAUAUUUAUUUUAUAUAUUUAUUUAUUUCAAAAUAAUUUUAUUUUUAAUGAGAGAUGCUAUGACCGGAUUUUCAUCAGGAAGAAUAAGGUCCUACUGAAACAGGAAAAAAAAUGAGUUUUAAGAGCUUAUCGGCAAUAAAAUUGUCUUUAUAUUACAGA